CCCGCUGUGCGCGCGAUGGGCACUGGGGCUGCGCUGGGAGCGGCUGGGGCCGUGCUGGUGGCACUGGUGGCACUGGGAGCCCCCCCGGCUCAUGGCGAGGAGCUGUCGGGGAUCUUCCAGGGGGUGUAUAAGUUCGAGUGUCAGUUCCUCAACGGCAGCGAGCGCGUCCGGUUACUGGGGAGGUGGAUCUACAACCGGGAGCAGUACAUGCACUUUGACAGCGAUGUGGGGCACUAUGUGGGCGACAACCCCGAGGGCGAGUUCCAAGCCAAGUACCACAACGGCAUUGUGGAAGAACUGGAGCAGAGAAGGGCUGAGGUGGACACAGUCUGCCGGCACAACUAUGGGAUAUUGAAACCUUUCACCGUAGAUCGGAGAGUGCCUCCGAAGGUCGAGAUCUUCCCGGUGCAGUCGAGCUCGGCGCCGCAGACCAACCGCUUGGCAUGCGCCGUGAGCGACUUCUACCCGGCGCCCAUCGAGGUGCGGUGGUUCAAGAACGGGCGCGAGGAGCUGCAGCACGUGGUGUCCACCGACGUCAUCCAGAACGGCGACUGGACCUACCAGGUGCUGGUGAUGCUGGAAACCACCCCGCAGCGCGGCGACACCUACACCUGCCAGGUGGAACACGUCAGCCUCCAGCAGCCCAGCAUCAUCCAUUGGGAGGUGAUGGAUGGCAGCAAUAGCAAGAUGCUGACGGGGAUCGGGGGCUUCGUGUUGGGGCUCAUCUUCAUCGUGGUGGGGCUCAUCUUCUACAAGCGCAAGAAGGGCACUUACUUCCCUCCACUGCAGGCCAGCUCCUGAGCAAGCUCCUGCCCC